AUGGAUCGCCGGUUUCCAUGCCUGAGAGGAGAAGGGGCGGAGGAGAAGGUAAAGGUAGGUUGUCGAAGUCCUGUUGGGGCGAGGUGGGCGGGAUACAGUAUUCAGUUUUUGGGCCUUGUUUCCACUGCAGUUUUUCAGUUCUUCCCCACAGAGUUUGGGUGCCACGACAUCUGGACCCUACCCGUUGCCCUUCCGGUUCCUGUUGUGCCCACCACGUACGCCACAUGGGAGACCAUCUGGCAGGUGCCCUCGCCACGGAUGUGUGUGGGGAGCACACCGCGCGUGUCGCGUCGCGCAGACCGACGCUCGAAAUUCCCCGCAACCGACGACUACAUCGUCGGUGCUGUUCAGAAUGUCCUAUCUCGCGACAAGAGCAAAGCUAAGUCUUUUCCGCCUGGAGCGGUUCCAGCCUUCGGGCAUCCCGUGCCGACUCCAUGGCAUACGGCCUCUCCAGUUCACAACGCAUGAUAUCAACGAUUACGGCCAAGUCCGAUGUCUAGAUUGAGGCUACGCGAGGGAGGUAAAGUUGGUUCGCAGACACACCUUCAUGUUGAAAAUCAUUGCAAGCAUAGAUCCCCGUGUAUGACUUCCGCCUACGUUCUGUGCUUAACAGAAUGAUGCGAUUCCAGACAGCGCAACAUCUCUCACUCCUUCGCUCCUACCGUUGCGAUCUAAGUUCUUGGUGAGAAUAGCCAGCCUGCUAAGUCAAGACUAGCUAUAGAACAAUCGCGUGUUACACGAAUGGGGCGCACAUCGGUUCAAAGGAUCUAUUUGCUCUUUACGAGGAUACUACUUGUGCAUCAGCUCUUUAGGAUUACCCUGAAUACUGAUGAGGAUAAACCCAAGGAACAGAUAUGACACUCUAGUAAUGGCCAUCAUCAUCGUCAUCAUCAUCUUUAUCGUCGUCAUCAUCGUCAGAAUCAUCAUCAGAAUCAUCAUCAUCAUGGUCGUCGUCGUCGUCGUCGUCGUCGUCGUCGUCAUCACCACCGCUUCCUCCGGGAACCUUGCGAGUGACGAGUACUCUCUUUCCGAACUUACCAAGGCAGCCCUGGUUGCACCUGCGGCAAGCCCUGCUGGUGCACUUCAUCACGACCCUGGUCUUUGCCACCCCGCCCUCAUCGUCAUCAUCAUCAUCCUUGUCGUCGUCGUCGUCGUCACUGCUUCCAGUCCUGAUGAGCAUGCGAUAGCUGUCAUCAUCGUCAUCGUCGUCAUCGUCGUCGUCGUCGUCAUCGUCGUCACCACCACGCUUCUUGAUCACGACAACCGUCCUCGUACCGAAGUUCGAGCGGCACUGGCCCAAACACCCGGUGCAGCGCUUGAAGAUCGGCCCGCCGGACUCGCGCGAGCAGCGGAGAACAAACUUCCUCGGGCGAUGGUCGUCGUCAUCGUCGUCAUCACCGCCGUGACGAACUGAUGUAGACAUGGAGUCCGUGGAAAUAGCCGAAACAUGGAGAAGAAUCAAGCCGAAGACGAGGGCCGCAAUGUACAGACGAGCCAUGUUGAAAGAAAUUUGUUCCAGAGAAUUGCUUGUCAGGGGAGCUGGGAGAUGAUGGAUGGGAUCGUCGGGAAAUCUGGUUCGCUGUUAUAUAGCCUGCGAAGCUCUAACUUGGUCAGGGAUUGUAGCUGUUGCUCAUAUCGCAGCGCGAUUUCGUUAUUGAGGAAUCUGCGGAGGAGGGGGAAGUUGCGUGCUGGGGGACGCUUGUUUGGGAAAUUCUAGAACGGUGGUGGAUCCAUACGAGCUCGUGAGCAUGCCAAGUUCCUAUGGUGAAGGACGUUUAGGCCUGGGACGAUUGAAUUCUGAACAACCCUGCAGAACCCCCUGGAGGUAAUUUACUCGCGGCAUUCUCGGUGGCUGCUGUCCAGCAGCGAAGAGAACGUCCAGGUCAUAGAGAAGGUUUGUAUACUAGGUGGAAAGAACUCUACUGUAGGUGGAAAGAGUCCACAGAACAAUUAUUAUUCUCACGAGAGAUCAAUUUGUAAUGGCUAUUGCCAUGCCACACGGGGCAUGAAGCUUAGACUCUGUAGAAAUAUGCAAUAGGGGACAAGUCCUCAGCGUCAUGGGACCUCGACCUUCAGUCAUGGGCUUGUAUUGAGACACUGGGGCUCUAGCAAAAGAGAGCCAGAUCAAGUUUUGUGUCUACCCCCUGAAGUUAUCUGUGCCAGCAACGCCGCGGUCUCGAUUUCGUAGAGAGUGCCUACGUGCCUUAAUAGAUUCCAGUCUUGAGCCAUGUCAGGAUACCGUAGCAAGCGACAAUUUAACUCUCCGAGAUAUGAACUCUGGCUUGUUGAUUCAGUUGCGUUUAUAAAAAGACGAUGUUCUGGUCAUACGUCGGCCUAAAUCUUCGAGAAGCCAAUAACAACGA